AAUACCCGCCCGUAUGGUAUGCGCUGGUUUAACAAAUCCAGUUUGGUAUUCGAUGUGUCACGAUGUGAAACUACGCAAUUAUAGGAAUAUGGAAUUAACUAUCCUGCCACGGAUAUUUGUCGUUUGGAUUGUGCUUUUUAUCCUUCACCAUAGAUUUGCUCUCUCAAUGACACUGAACCAGCCGGAAAAUCUGACGUGUAUAUCGUACAACUUCCAGAAUCUUACAUGCUCCUUCUCCCUAGAUCGUAAAGGAGUCGCUGAUCGUAAGGUUAACUGGACCAUGGAAUAUCAAACCAAGCCAUUCCGAGAUUGGACGGCGCUGCCUCCUUGGAAAUGCAAUCUCGCGGCGUUCACGUGUGCAUGGGACAGCGUCAUGGAAAGAUCUAACUGGACCUUUAACCGCGCCACGUCGCACUACCUUAUCCGUAUUAAAGUCGAGACUCAAAACACAUCGUUUUGGAGUCGGCAUUGGAAUGUGAGCACUUCUGCAAUAGUGAAACCUGGUCGUGUGCGGUCGUUAAACGCCACGCUUGAAAAUGCGUCGCUGCUGUUGAAUUGGAAAGUCCCGAUUUACCUGAGCAGGACGGACUUCGACCCUCUGGACUUCCGCAUACGUUUACAGGACAGGCAAGUCUGGGACAACAGGACGAUCUAUGUCCGCGCAGUGAAUAAUUCAUCCAAUCCUAAUAACGACUUUUGUUACAACGUUAGCAUGUUGCUAGGGAACGCCAACUACACAGUGACUGUGCAGGUGAAACCAUCACAGGCUCCCUCAGAUCUUUACUGGAGUGACCCAGAAACAGAGACAUUCAACACCAAUGCCACAGCUCCGACAGAGGCUCCAACUAUGGCAGAUGGGGGCUUUGUUGUGAACGAGGUCGGGCAAAGCUGUGCGAAGGACUUUGUAAAUGUGACAUUCUACUGGAAGAAUCCCCACGUAAAAUACUUGCGGGGAAAGAACGAUAGCUACAAGAUCAACAUAGAAAACUCGAAAACUAUAACAACAAGCACGUCGAUGACACCGUUCUUAACAACGUGUUUGAACAGAUUAGGCGAUUACUUUGUGAAUGUGCGGAUGGUCAACGAUGUUGGUGGUGAAUCUCCUAGAUCUUCUAACGUGACGUGGGGGCCUUGGAAGAAAGUAUCCAGAGCUCGAGUAGAUGUUGUGAUUGUUCAGGAAGCGAGUGACGGUGUAAUAUUGGAAUGGUCACCACCAAGUGACAUUUGUAAUGCCAUCUCCAACGUCACAUAUUACUGGUGCAAAUCCCACAGAGAAAGUGAUGAUAUUAGACUUGCUAAUUGUGAGACAUUAAAUUGGAAGAGGAAUGACACAAUAGACGGACUUUGUAACGGCUCGGUCCAUCACUGGCUUUACAAUACUGGUGACCCAUCAGGCAUGCGCUAUGCUGUCUCAGGCAUGCGCUAUGCUGUCUCCAUAGCAACCAGUAAUGGUACUGGGGGCAUGGUGUGGGACAAAUAUCGCUAUGGAAACUACAAUGCUUUGCCGGCACAGCUAAAUUACCAAGUUUCAAUAUCUACGGAUGCUAAGACAUCGAUGACGGUCAAGAUAUUGAAUCACGAGUUCCCACAGGUUAAUCAAGGGGGUAAACCUAGCGCAUUUCAAGUGAUUUACAGCGAAGUUACCACCCCUGGUUCGGCUUGUCCUUUAGAAAAACCACCAGCUAAUUAUACAGCAAACUACUUGAAGUCAGAAAUAACCAUAGCUCAAUUAAAGUCAGGAGCAACAUAUGUUGUGUGCGUACGAGGAGUUAACCACGUAGGGUCAGGAUUAUACGGGCAACCGUUUGUUCUGCAGCUUCCCGAAGAGUCCAUAUCGUCACUGUUGGUUGGCAUUGUAGGAGCAUUUAUUGUGGGAAUGUUCGUACUUUUAAUAGGUUGUCUGUUACGGAAAGCCUUGCCAGAGAUAAAGAACUAUGUGAAAAGAAAAACAGACAUCACAACAAGUCACUUGGGAUGGAAAACAGUUUGUGAACAACCAGAAAACAUGGUCGUAUCUACAGACUCCACACCUUCAUCGGAUAACGGCACUGUUUUGACAGAAAUUGAGACUGAUUCGAAUACAACACUAGUGGACGACUGCUCAGACGAAAGUUUGCUAUGUCAGUCGUGCGAAACUUCUGUUCAACUAGUGGGCGACAACGCUCAUUCACUGAAUACCAAACGUUGUCAACCUGCCUACAUUGGCGAUUACAGCACGGUAGCGUGUAAUGACAUUUCUAACCAUGCUAUCACAACAUACACUCACGAUAACUGUGCAAGACCUUCGUUUGAGGCGAACAUCGAUUCGAUUUGGAGAGACGACGAAAAUGGAAAUGUUGAAGACAGACUUGAACAUCCAAUCCACUUACCUUGUAUUCCACGUCCGAGAAACUUUGAUUCGUGUUCAUCAGCUGAAGAAGAUGGGUUGGAACAACAAGAUGAAAAGUCUUCAUUAAUGAUCAAGCUGAAAGCAUCAAAUAACGUAAAUCAUUCAUUGACUGGUACGAAUGUGGAAACGGCUCAAGACGGAGCGUGUUUUUGUUUGAAUGAAGACAGUACGGUUUGCUGUUACACGAGUAAAGGUACUCCUGAAAGAGAUCCAGAGAUUGCUGGAAGUGCAAUAUGGAACGAACAAGGCCCUAUGAAAUAUGAACAACACUUUUGUUUGAAAUCAACACCAUCAUACACGUUUGAAGUUGCUAUUGAUCAGGGGUCAUCUCGCAAUGAAAAUUGUGUCGCUGUUCUGUAAAAACAUUCUUCAACAAUCAGAGACAAUAGUUUUAAAACGGCUUACCAUCUUGCAGUUUUGGAUGAAGAUUAACAUGCUGGCGCAGUAUACACAGAAUAUGUCACACAUCCAGAACAGAUGUCGAAUAUUACCCUUCCAAACACCGAACACAGUGGAAAUGUAUCGAAUCAAUCAGAACCCCAAGGGGAUGUAAAUAGUUACCAAAGAUAUGUCUGCUCGGAUAAGGACAAUCUAGAUGGCGGUUGUUACAAGAUCGAAACAAGCGGAGCACUUGAUAAUGACAUCUAUAUUAGUGACUGUAAGACGGGUAUGCUUUUAAAACAAACUUUGAAUAAUGUUUUAAAAGAUCCAUGUUCGUGUGCUGCUACAGCAAACAGGUCUACAUAUACGACUAACACAAGUGCACAUAUAGAGAGUUUAAGCAUUUAAAUAAAACAAAAAUACUAUGUCGAUUGCCGAGAAGACUCAGAUGAGAAUUUUAUUUAGAAAAAACGAUGAGGUUAACAGUCGAUUUACUGACUUGAAUCGAAGCAUCUUAUCUUAUGCAACAACUGGCGAAGAUAAACAUGGAACCCAGUUUGUUUGUCAAUAUUUUAAUGCAUGUUGACCAUGUUUGCGCAUUUAAAGGAUUCAAUCAUAAAGAUUUUCAAUCCAUUAUUGGAACAUUAUUUAGCUUUAUUUAACAGUUUGUAUCGGUAUAACGUUGCCUGCGACAUGUCACACACGAACAAAAUAAUUUCAGGCUGAGUGGUUAAUAGUUUAAAGAAGCAAACAAGAAACAGUGCCUCAAGGUCAAAUGGAAACAUUCAUUGUUUGCUAUAUAUCUCGUUAAUUUAAAUAUGUUUUGUUAACAUACUCGUAUCAUUGUAAUCGCGUUGUAUAACUCAUAUAAUAUGCUUGGGCAUUUAAUGUUUAAAGAAAUAAUCAACUAUU